AUGGUUAGUACAAAUGCAUGGUGUGCAACUUGUCAAGCUUCUUGGUCAAGGGAAAUGGCCAGGACAGAUGAUGAAGUUGGUUUGUCAAUGAAGGACAUUGCGAUAGGGAGUACUUUUCGAUCAAAAGAAGAAUUGCAGUUCAAACUCUCGGUGUUCGCAAUGAGAGUGAAUUUUGAAUAUCACGUGAAGAAAUCAACAAAGAGUUUGUACCCUAUUGGAUGCUCUGAGGAUGGAUGCAAAUGGAGCCCGCAUGUAAGAAAGAUUCAAGGUUCGGAUAUAUUCCUUAUUUCUACAUUCUAUGAGGUGCACAGUUGCAUACGUGAGGUAAUGAAACAUGACCACCGGCAAGCUCAAAGUCGUGUGGUCGGUCAGAUUAUAAAGUCCAACUUCGAGGAUGUAAGUUGUCGUUAUAGGCCGAAGGAUAUUGUUAAUGACAUGCAGAAAAAUUAUUACGUUAACAUUCGAUAUGCAUUAAUGGGAUCGCCAAAGAAGUCGUAUACUCUUUUGCGUAAAUAUGUCGAGGCGUUGAAAUCCGUUAACUCGGGCAUGGUUUUUCCAUUGAAGUUGGAGCAUGAUAAAUAUUUUCAAUAUGCAUUAAUGGCCCUAGGCUGCUCUAUCAGGGGAUUCAGGAGUUGCAUUUGCGUCGUACUUGUCAUCGACGAUGCACAUCUCAAGGAAAAAUAUAAAGGUGUGAUAUUGAAAAUCUCUUUUGUUGAUGGUAACAAUCAUAUAUGUCCACUUGCACUUGGAAUUGUAGAUAGGGAAACAGACAACCCAUGGACUUGGUUCUUGUAG